ACAUUUUCAGCUGUGAAUUGAUUCUAUAUUUCUAAUACCAGUAUAUGGCUAUUGUAUCUCCUUAAUAUGGUUAUGUGCAGACCUCAAGCUGUUUUGGCCACUGAUCAGGUUCCACUGCUUUUACUGCAAUAAAUCAUUUGCUCAUUACAACGUGAAGAGGGUUGCUGCAAGCUGUGUGUGGCUUGCCUCAAAACUUGAAGAGUGUCCUAGAAAAGCCAGACAGGUCCUCACUAUUUUCCACAGAUUGGAAUGCCGGAAGGAGAAUUUACCCAUAGAGCAUUUUGAUACCAAUUCAAAGAAAUAUGCUGAACUGAAGGCAGAGUUGGUCCGUACAAAAAGGCAUCUUCUAAGAGAUGGGUUUUGUCUGCCAUGUUGAACAACCUCAUAAAUUUAUAUCAAACUAUAUUGCAGCUCUUGGAAUGCCUGAUGAAUUGAGACAGGAAGCAUGAAAUCUUGCAAAUGACAGCACUUAUAACUAUUUAGCUUUGUUUUCAUGAUUUUUUUCUUUUUCCUCAUGCUCUUCUUUUUCCCUCAUAACUUGUCUUUCAUUUUGCUCACUUGUCAUCAUUUGCUCCUCAGUUUGCGCACAACAUUGUUUGUUAGAUUUAAGAGUGAGGUUGUGGCCUGUGGAGUUGUGUAUACUGCAGCCCAUAGAUUUCAAGUGCCAUUGCCUGAGAACCCUCCAUGGUGGAAAGCAUUUGAUGCAGACAAGGCUGGGAUUGAUGAAGUUUGUCGUGUUCUGGCCCAUCUUUACAGCCUUCCAAAGGCACAAUAUAUACCUGUGUGCAAGGAAACUGGUUCGUUUUCAACAUCAAAUAGAUCAUGGGAUUCACCCUCUCAGUCAGUGCCUAAGGAAGUUGCAUCAAAUGGCCCAUCUGGGAAUGAUGACACCGGUGCUACUCCGAAGGGAGCUCCUGCGGCUGCAACAGGUCAGGAAGUGCGCAAAGAUGUGGUGACAAGAGCUCCUCUUGAGAAGGCAAAGAGCAGCGAAGAGUCUAAAAGCUCGUUUCCUGAAGGAGAAAUAAGGGAUGAGCCUGGGUCGAAAUCAAUAACUGUACGCAAGACAGAAGCAGGAACUGGUGAAAAGGAUAAGAACAAAGAUAGGGAUAGAGAGAGGGAGAGGAAGAAGGAAAGAUCAAAGUCAUGGGACCGCGAUAGGGAAAGGGAAAGGGAGCGGGAUGAUAUUGAAAGGGAAAAGGAUAGAGCCAAAGGAAGGAGCUAUCACUCAAGAGACAAAGCGCACCAGGAGAAGUCAAAACGCCCCUCUUCUGGAGAUCGGGGCUAUCAUAGUUCCUCUUAUUCAUCAAGGGAGAAAGAGCGCCGAAGACAUCACUAAUGCAGAGUCAUGAACAAAUAGCUCAGAGGUUUUCUUUCCUUCUUCUUCCUGGCUGUGCUAUAUACAUAGGCUUGCUUGAUUAUAGUGGUGCUCAAACACACACCUGGCCUGAUUAUUAUCAUAUGUACAUUUUGAAAAUGAGUAGUUCUGGCUAGCCUUGAUAUAGAUGGUUAAAAAACAUAUGCCUGUGAUAUCUGUUGAUUCAUUGCUCAUCAGGAUUGUGUUGCAUUGUUGCAAUAUCUUUUUUAGACUGAACACAUAGUCGUGUACAACAAACACCAACAUCCGCUGAUAAUGGAUGAUGACAAGCAACAACUUCGCAUCUCUUACAAACCAAUCCUUUCCCACAUCCUAAAACAAUUACACCUACAAAAGGCACAUUACACCCAUGAAACCAAAGAGAGAAAUCAGCAUUACUACACCACACAAGAGAUCGCAAUGAAAGAUGGAAUAAUAAUCUCGAUUAUAUGCAGUAAUGAGACGAAAAUUGGUGCAGAACAAGAUGCAGCUAAACAAGCAAUAGUCCUUCACAGAGAUGCAUUUGGAUAUACAAUAACCAGACUCGAUUUGU